AUGCGUGAGAUGCUCAAUUUCUGGAAGCGCAAUGAACGUGAAGAGAAGGAGUUGCGUAAGCGUGCAGAGAAGGAAUUGGUCGACAAGGCCAAGCGCGAGGAGGACGCGCGUGAGGCCAAGCGCCAGUCACGCAAGUUGAACUUUUUGAUCACCCAGACGGAGUUGUACUCACACUUUAUCGGGAAGAAGAUCAGAACAGAUGAAAUUGAGAACGCAGGUGAGCACGGACCAGUGGCGCUGACCCACGGACUCAAGUCUGGGUAUGAUAUAGAAGCCCCGUCAGAGGCGGUGCACACCGAUUUACAUAGCAUUGAUUUUGAAAAUGAGAAGGAUGAGGAUUUGGUGCGGCAAGCGGCGGCGAACGCGCAGUCCGCGUUGCUCGCGACGCAGGGGAAGGCGCGUGCGUUCAACGGGGAUGCAGCGAACGGUGCGCGUGCGGACGCGAACGGAUCGCGUACGACCCCCGAUGACGAUGACGAUCUUAACUUCCAAAACCCUACUUCCCUCGGAGACAUCUCCAUCGAACAACCAAAACUCCUUUCGUGCACCCUCAAGGAAUACCAGGUCAAGGGCCUUAACUGGCUUGCAAACCUCUACGACCAGGGGAUCAACGGGAUUCUCGCGGACGAGAUGGGGCUUGGUAAAACCGUCCAGAGUAUCGCCGUUUUGGCCUACCUUGCUGAAACCCACGGUAUCUGGGGCCCGUUCCUUGUGGUUUCACCGGCCUCCACGCUCCACAACUGGCAGCAGGAGAUUGCGAAGUUUGUGCCCGACUUCAAGGUCCUUCCAUACUGGGGAACUGGCAAGGACCGUAAGGUGUUACGUAAGUUCUGGGACCGCAAGAACCCGACGUACGCCAAAGAUGCUCCCUUCCAUGUGAUGGUGACGUCCUACCAGAUGGUGGUCGCGGAUGCGCAGUACUUUCAGCGGAUGAAAUGGCAGUAUAUGAUUUUGGAUGAAGCUCAGGCAAUCAAAUCUUCUUCCUCCUCCAGAUGGAAGAGCCUCUUGUCGUUCCAGUGCCGCAACCGUUUACUUCUCACCGGGACGCCGAUCCAGAACAACAUGCAGGAGUUGUGGGCGUUGUUGCACUUCAUCAUGCCCUCGCUCUUCGACUCUCAUGACGAGUUCAGCGACUGGUUUGCAAAGGACAUCGAGUCGCACGCGACUAGCGGUGCGCAAUUAAAUGAGCAGCAGUUGCGUCGUUUGCACGUGAUUCUCAAGCCAUUUAUGCUUCGCCGUAUCAAGAAGAACGUGCAGAGCGAGUUGGGCGACAAGAUCGAGAUCGACGUGUACUGCGGUAUGACCAACCGCCAGAAGAAGUUGUACCACAUGUUGAAGUCGCAGAUCUCCGUACGUGACUUGAUCGAACGCGCGCGUGGCGAGGACGGCGCGCAGAGCUUGAUGAACCUUGUCAUGCAGUUCCGUAAGGUGUGCAACCACCCGGAUUUGUUUGAGCGCGCCGAUACCAGCUCGCCGUUUUCGUUCGCGACAUUUGCGUCGACCGCAUCCUUUGUGCGCGAGGCCGCGCUUCCACAGUUGGAUGUGCAGUAUACUGCCGUGAACCAGAUCGCUUACCGUGUGCCCAAGGUUGUCUACCGUGAGAUGCUCCUGCCGCACUGGAAUAACACCAUCGGUCUGAAGCAGAAGGUAUUGGAAAUGAUGAGUGUGUACCGGGAGGAGAAUAUGGCAAAGGAGACGCGAGGAUGGUUAGGGUUGGUUGAUUGCACGACCCAGGAGUUUACUCAACUUGCGAAGCAAGAUGAACUUGCCAGGAGCAUUCGUGGUAACCGCAUUACUCACAGCCAGAUUGAGGAUGGGCUUAUAGAGGAGCUUUACGGCUAUGCUAGUCCGCAUAAACGCCUUUUGAUCACCCAUGAGAGCGGCGGGAAGUCAUCCCUGACAGCGGGCCAAAAGGUUAUUCAAGAGGUUAACCUCGUUGAUGGCCUGUCCACUGACUCUGACUCUGACCUCUCCUCGGUAUCAAACCUGAGCUCAUUAUUCAAUGUCCAAUCCAACACUUACACCGCCAUGCACCUCAACACCCUCGACCCCGCGGCGAUUUCACCCGCCUCUGCCCCACCUGUGGACAUUAUCUGUAGCGACGCGAGCUUUGCGCCGCAGCGCGAUGACACCUUAUUCAACCGUGAGCUUCGCCUGGCACUCAUGCCGAUGCCGCUCUCCAUGGAGCUCGGCUUGAUGGAGCAGAAGGUCCCUCUACUGGACUAUCCACCAGCUAACAUGCUUCCACAGCCGCUCAACGCAAAAACUGGCCACGCUUCGAUCCAGAUGCCGUCAAUGGAACGAUUCAUCACCGAAUCUGGGAAGCUUUCCAAGUUGGACGAAUUGCUUGUGGACUUGAAGGCUAAUGACCACCGUGUGUUGCUCUACUUCCAAAUGACGAAGAUGAUGGAUCUCAUGGAGGAGUACCUUACGUACAAGCUGUACAAAUAUAUCCGUCUAGACGGUUCUUCCAAACUCGGCGAUAGACGUGACUUGGUGCACGACUGGCAAACCAAGCCCGAAAUCUUCAUCUUCAUCCUAUCCACCAGAGCCGGUGGGCUAGGGAUCAACUUGACAGCUGCCGAUACUGUCAUCUUCUACGAUAGUGAUUGGAACCCGACGAUUGACUCUCAGGCCAUGGACAGAGCCCAUAGAUUGGGCCAAACGCGCCAAGUGACGGUGUAUCGGUUGUUGGUCAAGGGGACAAUUGAGGAGCGGAUGAGAGACCGUGCGAAACAGAAGGAGCAUGUCCAACAAGUGGUGAUGGAAGGGAAGGCCGCCCCUGCGCCGUCCGCAAAGGACGACAAGCGUGAGGUCGCAAUGUGGCUCUUGGACAACGAUGAAGAUGCGGAUGAGGUUUUGGGUGCGAGCGAGCCGUCUAAUAAGCGGAUUCGUGAGAUCUCUGGCAAGGCGAGAAAUUCCAAGUUGGAGGAUAUGUACCAUGAGGGUGAGGGCGAGUUCGACGACGGGUCAAGCGCUGCACCAUCGCGCAUGGACUCUCCAAGGAAUUAG